CGUAUUUUGAGACGUCCCAUGAUCAUAGAACGUGUGCCUCGCUUCUCUCCGGGCUCAAGGUCCAGCCGCAGCCAGGGGCAAAGCAGCAGGUACUCGGGAGGCCUCACCUGCGGGGAGGAGCUGCUCCCGGGCGCCCCUCCCCCAGGCCCGGCGCCCCAGACCCCGCCCCCGCGCCCCUGGGUCGCGGGUUUCCGGCAGCUCCGGCUAUUUUAAGGCACGCGCUGUCCGCAUAGUCUUGCUCUCGGCUCUGUGCUGUCUGGCUACGUGUCUCGCCUUUUCCCCUCCGGAGCCCCGCCAGCAUGGGUCCUUGGCCCCGCUCGCUGCUGGCCGCCCUCCUCCUGCUCCUCUCCGGCGUCGGCACCGCGCACUGCGACACACCUGCCAACUGCACCCACCCUGAGCUGCUGGGCACGUGGGUCUUCCAGGUGGGCCCUGUUGGUUCCCAGCGCAACGUCAACUGCUCGGUUAUGGGACCACCAGAAAAAAAAGUAGUGGUGCAUCUUGAGAAGUUGGACACAGCACAUGAUGAUCUUGGCAAUACCGGCCAUUUCACCAUCAUUUACAAUCAAGGCUUUGAGAUUGUGUUGAAUGACUACAAGUGGUUUGCCUUUUUUAAGGAUGUCACUGAUUUUAUCAGUCAUUUGUUCAUGCAGCUGGGAACUGUGAGGGUACAUGAUUUGAGACAUCUGAGGAACACACUGGUUGUUAAAUAGAGCAUCUGUUGAGGGGCUCUUUUAAAACAACAGCCAAACACAGACUUUGGGGCUAAGAGGCAGAGCAGCAUGCAGCCAUGGACCUGCCUCCCUCUAACAGCUAGCAGAGGCCUCUGGCAGCUACAUUCCCUCUGGAGUCUUUCUGUGCCUGUAAAAUGCUGAGGAGUCCUGGUGACCUACCUCCAAGGCAGCUGCCCUCCUGAACAUUUCCUUGGAAAGCAGCAACCGCCAUUUUGAAAUGUGAACAACCAGAGACUACAAAGGAAAAAGGAAAGAAAAGUCUGGAAGUGUUAGGUGGCUUCACCAUUCAGCCUUUGAAUGAAAGGAACAAUACGCAACUCAUGUUUUUCCCUUUUGAAUAUUACUCUAUUGAAAUGAUUUUUUCCAAACUGAUUAGGAUUUGAAUUGUGUGUUUGAUUUUGUUCAUAGUGCGAAUUUUAUUCCCAGUUAAAUUAUCUUCGUGUGUACCUUUCUGUAAUUGCCUUGAGGAACCCCAGCACCUGUUGUAAGGAGAAAAUGCUUUGGGACAUCUUGAGACGCACAGAUAUGUUAUUGGUGGAAGGAUGGCUCUGUGGAGGGCUUGUUUGGGGGAACAGUCUUCUGAGAUAAGUCAGACUGAUGAAAGGUAUCUUUUCAGAUCAUAGGCCUGCAUUUUACCUUGGCCAGAAAGAUGGGGUGAUUAAUACUUUUUUUUUUUUUUUUGGUCUGUUCUUUGAUUAGAUGCGAGCUUUGUACUAAUAACUUAACAUGCUUUACCUUACAAGAAUCUUAUGAAGUAGAUAUCACUAGCUUCAUUUUAUAGAAAGGGAAAAUUAGUCUCUUACAGUGCUUAAGCUCACAGCAUCUAAUUGUAAAAUGACAAGGGCUAGUGUUUCAAGCCUGCAGACCUCCCUGGGGCUAAAGAGUAAAAGAAAAGCCAUUUCACAAAGAAAUAAUGGUACUUGAAGUAACAUUUCAGUAGAUUUUCUGGUGGAUUCCAAUUCGUAAGUAUCAUGAAUGCUAGUUUCAUAGAAUGAAUUGCAUUGCAUUGGCUCCUUUUGAAAUUUUAGGAGAACUGGCUUAAAGUUUGUUUCCUCACCAAAUCAGGCUAUCCCCUUUCUUUCCUAAACCAGGGUCCUUUUCAAGAGGAAAACUUACCUUCUUUCAAUUGUAGUCCUCCAAAUUGGAAGGAGAGCUUUGUAAGCUUCAAAUUAAUUGCAAAUUAAUUACCCUUGCCAAGUUGACUUCUUUCAAUUACACUAUUGUUCACACUGAUUGCUAUCUUUCAGCUCUUUCCUAACUAAACAAUGUACUAGUUUCCUGCUCAGUUCAGAGUUGAUUAAUGUCACCCUUGGUAAACUGAAAAUGUGGGGCUACACCUAGUCCCUAUUUUCUGGGAGAGUUUUUCUCCUGUAUCUUUGGUUCAGUGGAGGGAUCUCUAGAUACCAGAUUUUCAUUAAUUUAAUGGUUCAGAUAACUUUUUUUUAUGACCUCUGAGAGGCACUGGUCUGCUAUUCUGGGAAGAUCAUGUCUUCUAAAGGUGAAGUAACUAUCUACCCAACUACUUAUACCUGGAUACUUUCUUCCAUCCUACCUCAGGAUCUUGAUGCCGCCUCUGUGAAACCCUCCCCAGCUCUUUCCAUUAGGGGGAGAAAUGCCAUUAUUUUGGUUCACGUUGUGCUUUGCAGUCACCUCUGUUCAGGUAGUACUGUUCUAACUGCUGUAGACAUGGAGUGAUUUGAUAGCACGUUUUCACCUUCUUCCAGAUUGAAAAUCUGUAGAUCUCCCUGUGUGCCUUCAGAACCCAGUUACUCAGGACUUUAUAAGUGUUUGGAAAAUUGACCACACUUUUCUUGUCUCUUCAAAGACUUUCAGAAGUAUUAUCAGCUUACAAAGAAUUUAUUCUAUAGGAUUCUGGAAGCACAAAUCAGGAAUGAUAUUAUGUUUAUAUUUUUGGUUCUGUGUUCUAAAAAAAAUACCAGGUUACCUGUCUCCAGAGUUCUGAAAGAGUUGUGUAUUUUCAGCCUAAUUUCCAGGAUGUGAAUACUGACAAAGCAGUUAGUGUGUAUAAGAAUGUAUUUCGUAUGGAAUUUAAAAUCAUCUCUACUGGAGACUUUUUUCCUAUUUCUCUGAGAAACUUUGCACGUAAAUGUUUUGAUUAUGGAGAAGACUUGGUGUGUACAGAAUUAUAGUUAUUUGUGUUAGGAGGCACCAUGAUAUAAUAUUGCUUAGCAUUCUUUGUCAUGAUUGCUGGUUUGUCUUCUCUAGUCUUUACUCUGAGGGCAGGAAUGUACUCUGUAUUACUAACCAUUUUGUUCCCUAUGUAUAGUGUGAUACAUGAUAAAUAGACCUUUAAUAAAUGUCUAUAGAAGAAAGAAAAUUGAA